AUGGGCUUCACGGCUGGUUUCUUUGGCGGCAUUGCCCUGACGACCUCUCUCUUCUACAUCUCAUUGAACCUCCACGAGCGAAACCGUCUAUACCAAUCUCACCUACUACGCCAACAAUCAAAUGUCUUGCGAAACAUCACAGAUCCUCAACCUCGGGAGCCUCCGCACACUGCCCGUCAUGUUGUCCCUGGACUUGCAGAUCGUCUGAAGUACCGCUGGAACACCGAGCUGGAAGGUGCCGUGAGAAACAUUCAACAUUUCAACUGGGAGCAAUGGAGGAAGAGUGCGGAAGACAAGGUCAGCAGUGUCUUUAGCAAGGGGCUGGGCAGUGCUGUUGAUGAAGCUGAGAAGAAGAUGCCUCGAGCAACCGAACAUGGAGGGCGGUUGGAUCAAGAGCCGAACCGCUACGGAAGACGUGGUCAUGUAUAG